CAAAGAGGUCCUGAACUCACCUGAAACCGCAGCUUUCUUCAGUUUCUUUUGUCUUCAUCCGACAUGCUUACCAACGUUUGGUCAGACUUUGAGCAGAGCUUUCGGAACAGUCUACAGUCGUUGAGAAUGUGGUGGCAGGCUGCCUUCCCCAUAUCUGUGCCCCCUUCUAUGGCUGCCGAUGACUAUAACCCUGUCUCCCUCCGACACAAAUCCAAGAAGAAGAUUCGAGGAGGCAAUGGUACAAUGAGCAGGAGGCGGAUUUCUGUCAAAGAGCUGGGUAAACCAGACCACCAGGGCUGGCUGUACAGGAAGAAAGAGAGCAAAGGCUUCCUGGGUAUCAAAUGGAAGAAGUACUGGUUUGUGCUGAAGAAGACGGCUCUCUACUGGUACAACAACCAGCUGGCAGAGAAGGCUGAAGGCUACAUUGACCUCGCCAACUUCAUGAUUGACCGAGCCAUAGAGUGCAAGAAGAAACAUGCGUUCAAAGCUUGCCACCCGCACGUCAUGAUGUUUUAUUUUGCUGCUGAGAGCCACGAGGAGAUGAACUUAUGGUUGAAUCAACUCGGAUUAGCCGCCAUUCAGUACGAGUCAACAGAACGAAACACAGCAGUUGAGUGUUAUAGUGAAGCCAGCGACCACGAAGAAGCUGAAAGCACAGAAAUUCCCCCUCCACCGUACUCAGAACAGACCCUGCGGGACUCCGUGGAUGCAUCCAGCCCGCCUGGCAGCACACAUCAGGGUACCCUUCCUCCCCCCUACUCCUCCGCAGCUCCCAGCGAAGCCAACGGGUCGCUCUCAUCCCCCGUCAGUACGAUGACAUCACAGAGCUCCACCUCCUCGCUCGCCAAGCACCGGCAGUCCUGGUUGGACCUGGUCUCUCAUGCAUCCCCUCCCCCUGGGGAAACAGCGGUGGUGUGUUCAGUUCAGGUACACUCACAUCGACCUCCGCAAGAGGAUGAAGAGGAGGAUGACCCCCAGGUGUCGGACAGCUCGUCUCACCAGGACCCUCCGGAAACGGGGUCCAGCGAGGAAAGCCCUGCUGCGGUGGGGAAGGCACAGAGGAUCGUUUCAGCUGCUGAAAAUGAAGGGGAUCGUGGGAACUGUUCAGAUGAGAUGGAGAAGCUGUAUAUUCAUCUAAAAGAGGCCAGCCUCUCGCCAAUAGGAGAUCGUAAACCAUCCACGAAAAGGGAAUUUAGAGCCUCCUUCGUAAGACGCUGUAAAAACCACACUGUAAAUGAUAAACUGCACCUUAUCAGGACUCUCAACAGCACAUUAAAGUCAAAAGAGGCUGACCUACAGGCAAUAGAGCAUGUGCUGAAGGACCCGGGGCUUACCUCACACAAGUUCAGAGAGUGGAAGGAGGCUAAUGGACCUUUGGUCCAGGAGAUGUGUGUUAAACAGGACCAGCAGGUGGCAUCAGAGGCCACAAAAGCUGCAGCAUCAGCCAUUGCUGCUCCAGUGGUCGAGACCAGUUUAUAAAGACUUCUCAUGACUGUUUUUACCGGCCUCGGAAGACUUCACACUGACGUACUUUGGACACAAACACUCUUCUGUUUUCAGUCGAGACUACUGUUCCAUAUCAGCGGACUUUAAGUGCUAAUCAACAAGUAACUGGAUCAAUGAAGAAGUGUGUUUUUAGUUCCGUGAUGGAGAAAUUAUAUGAUCAGCAGGUCACAAUGAAAUGUGAAAUGUCUUAGUAUUACUUCUACUGUUCUUCUACGUCUGCUAAUUUUACAGAUGAUUGUUUUUACGUUGUAAGUUUGUGAACCUAUGCAGAAAUUGUUUUAAUAUUUGGAAUGAUAGAGUAUGUUUUAAUAAUGGAUUUUCUUCUGUGUGGAAACACGUUUUUACAGUAUGUUUUAUCUACUUUGUUUUCAUCAGUAGUAGUGAACAAAUUUUAACUGUUACUGUUCAGUCAAUUAUUGGUGCCAUGCACCAUCACUGCCUGUUACCCAUGUGUUUUACAGCAACUAUUGUUGAAGUAUUGGUGUGUGGUGUUCGCCCCAGAAAUGAUAUCGCCAUACUUAUCAUUAAGACUUUCCAAGCUGAACACCAACUGAAUAAAUGUUGUCAUGAUAAUUUCAGAUUUUAAUUAAGAUGUCAGAUCAUUUUUACUAUGUCAUCUAAAGCCAAGACAUAAAAAAUCAACAUGUAAUUAAUUAACUUUACCAAACUUUUUUUGUAUAUAAAACCUUAAUGCAAACAAACUUUGGCAUUUUUUGACCACAAACCUUGACCGUAAGGGACUACUUAAUUUAUAUUUUAAAUUUCAAAUGUGAUAAAGACUUUUAUUACUAACCAAUUUGAUAUACAGUCUAUUGGACUUAAGGUAGGAUGUAGCAGUAUUCAUUUGCAUAGGAUGCAUGGCUGAUAACUCUCAGGAAAAAAACUCUAAUAUUGUUCUUUAAGGUAAACCACCCCAGGCCCUUACAAACAAGUCCAGUAGACCCACACCCUGUACUAGUUACACAAAAGCAGAUGAUUAGUUGGUCAUUCGGAGUUAGACAUUGGGCAGUACUGACUGCACAGCCUCAGCUCCAGAGAGCAACAGGUUUAGGAAAGCCCAGCAGGGGCCCAACAAAGAUGCAUUUUUUUCUGAAUUAUGUUUAAUCUGUUGUGCAUGUUAAAUCUUAACUCUGUAAAUAUUUGUACAUAGAUGUGUGAUGUUAAUUCUCGUUGAUCUCCAUUCUGGUAUGAAAGUCAUACCACAAUGCUUAUUUGUAUACAGGGAAAUAAAGUGUUUUUCCACUUUAUAUAUGUGGUCAAUGUCA